AUGAGCGGGCUCUGGGUUGCACGCCUCAAGCCGUUGGAGCUUCUGCUGUCGCUGUUACCGCUGCUGCUCGGGACGCGGCCCCACGGCAGUCCAGGCCCACUGCAGUGCUACAGCGUCGGCCCCUUGGGAAUCCUGAACUGCUCUUGGGAACCUCUGGGCGACCUGGAGACUCCACUCGUGCUGUAUCACCAGAGUCAGAAAUACCGUCCCAACAGAACCCAGGAGGUGAAGGUGCCUUCCAGACAGAGCUGGGUGACUAUUCCCCGAGAACAGCUCACCAUGGCUGACAAACUCCUCAUCUGGGGGACGAAAGAGGGACAACUUCUCUGGUCCCCUGUCUUUGUGAACCUGGAGACCCAAAUAAAGCCAGGCAUCCCCCAGAUCUUCUCUUAUGUGGACAUUUCUAAGGAAGCAACCCUGGAGGCCACUGUGCAGUGGGCACCACCCAUGUGGCCACCGCAUAAAGUUCUCAUCUGUCAGUUCCAGUACAAGAAAUGCCAGGCUAAAGAGUGGACCCAGCUGGAGGCACAGCUGAAGACAGACCUGCUGACUCCUGUUGAGAUGCAGAACCUGGAACCUGGCACCAGCUACCAGGUGUCCGGCCGCUGCCAGGUGGAGAAUGGAUAUCCGUGGGGCGAGUGGAGCCCGGGCCUGUCCUUCCAGACGCCAUUCUUGGCUUCUGAAGAUGUGUGGGUAUUGGGGACCGUCUGUGAAACAUCUGGCAAACGGGCAGCCCUGCUUGUCUGGAAGGACCCAGGACCCUGUGUGCAGGUGACUUACACAGUCUGGUUUGGGGUUGGAGAUACUGCUACAACUCAAGAAGAGGUCCCGUGCUGCAGGUCCCCCAUCCCUGCAGGGAUGGAGUGGGCAGUGCUCUCUACUGGCAACAGCACCAGCUGGGCACCUCCCGCUAACCUGUCUUUGGUGUGCUUGGCUCCAGAAUCUGCCCCCCUUGAUGUGGGAGUCAGCAGCACUGACGGGAGCCCAGGGAUGAAGGUGACCUGGAAACAAGGGACCAGGAGACCGUGGGAGUACGUGGUGGACUGGGCUCAAGAUGGAGACAACCUGGACAAGAUCAACUGGAUCCGUCUUCCCCCUGGAAACCUCAGCACCUUGUUACCAGUGAGCAGUCAAACCCAGACUGUGACUCUGCCCAACCUCCACGCGGGUUCCAUCAAGCUGUGGGUGAUGGUGUCCACUGUUGCAGGACAGGGCCCACCUGGUCCCAGCCUUUCACUUCACCUACCAGACAACAGGAUCAGGUGGAGAAUUCUGCCCUGGGUUCUGUCCUUGUGGGGCUUGCUUCUGAUGGUCUGUGCCCUGAACUUGGCCACUACCAGGUCCCUGCUGGCCAGGUCCUUAUGCCAGCGACACAAGUUGCUUCCCCAGUGGAUAUGGGAGAGGGUUCCUGACCCUGCCAACAGCAAUUCUGGGCAACCUUACAUAAAGGAGGUGAGCCUGCCCCAACCACUCAAGGACGGACCCAUCCUGGAGGUGGAGGAAAUGGAGCUACAGCCUGUUGUGGAGCCCCCUAAAGCCUCUGCCCUGCUUUACUCUGGGUAUGAGAAACACUUCCUGCCCACACCAGAGGAGCUAGGCCUUCUGAGGCCUCCAGCCCCCAAGUUCUAG